CCGAGAACCGCCGGUGUAACUUCGCGAAGAGAAGCCUAAAAGCGCGGCGUUAACUCAUUUACUUCUAAAUUAGACCUCGAUAUUUCAUUUAUAACGGUUUUCUCCGUAGAUUAACCGGCCGGCAAAGCAGCUGGCCGAAAAGAUUUUCGAUUUUUUUCCUUAACUGAUCAGCAGGCCGAAGCGGCCGCCAUGGAUUUUUAAGGCAUAAUGCGGCACCUGUAAUGCAAUGGCAAUGCAUCGUGCAAGGCAAAAUCAACUGCGAAAUUCCAUCUUCGCAACUGCUAAGCAGUUGGGCUCGAGUACCGUACGCGGUAUACCUGCGAGCCAGCCGGUACCUCUCCUACUGGACCGGAGGAAGCUAACACUAGCUAGCUAGUCAUUUAGCUGAUCGCUUUAAGCUAAGAGUAAAUCCAUCUCUCCAUCUAUACGUCGCCAACACUAUCGAUCAAAAAUGAAGCCUCAAGAUAUCAUCACCGGGAAGACCAGCCUGUGGAUCUUCGGGUACGGGUCGCUGGUGUGGAAGCCCGACUUCAAAUACAGGAGGAGCAAGGUCGGCUACAUUCAAGGCUACAAGAGACGAUUCUGGCACGGAGACAACUUCCACCGUGGCAACGACGAGAUGCCCGGAAGAGUGGUGACGCUGAUUGAAGAUGAUGACGCGAGCACUUGGGGCGUGGCAUUCGAGGUGACCGGCUCCCAAGUUGAGGAGUCCCUCAAGUACCUCAACGUUCGCGAGACGGUCUGCGGUGGCUACAUCACCAAGAUGGUUGAUUUCUUCCCUGAGGGGAAGGACGAGGCCCCAGUUCAGGCGAUGUUGUAUAUCGCCACCCCUGACAACCCACUCUACCUGGGGCCUGCCAGCCCAGAGGAGAUUGGCAUCCAGAUCGCUGUGAGCAGAGGGAAGACGGGCCACAACCUGGAGUAUCUGCUCCGGCUGGCUGAGUUCAUGAGGAGCAGCUGCCCACAUGUGGAAGACCACCACCUAUUUGCCAUUGAGAAGGCAGCACUGACCGUGGUGUCCUUUCUGUUGGCAGCCCAGUAGCUCGUACCCUUUGUCUUAUAAGCUUAGAUAGUGGAUGAACACACAUACACAACACUGAGGCUUUUCACCUGUACUGCUAAUACAUCAUUAAGUUGUAAAAUUCAUCUUCACACUACAAUCCAGUGUACUUGAUUCCAUUAAAUGCCACUGAAGUGUUUCUAAAAGGGAUGCACGAUGUUUGUGUUUUUUUUCCCUUAAGCAUGACAUGUUUAUCUACAUGUUUGUACAAUGGUUAAAAAUGUGUUCACACGGGUUUAUGACUGUAAGAUUGUGCAGUUUUUUUACUUUAUUGCACAUUAAGGUUUUUAUUUGCACAGAUCAAAUGCUGUCCACUCAAGAUGGAAAUUUAAUGUUUGUUCCAACUUUAAGUCGCAAUUUGUUCAUCCAGUGUAGUGACAAAGGCAAAUAAAAAUGAGUAAAACAA